AGCAGCAGUUCGCGUAUAAAAUGGAGACUGCUGGGUGCUCGGCCGCCGCCGUGGGCAACAGCGACCCGGGAGUGCAGCGCGACUACACCAUGGUGCCGGAGCGGCUUCAGAGACGCGAGCAGGAGCGGCAGCUUGAGGUGGAGAGGCGGAAGCAGAGUCGGCAGAACGAAGAAGUGGAAGAGGAGAAGAGCAGCUUCUUCACCUCCACCUUAGCCCGCGAGCGGGCGGCCGUGGAGGAGCUUCUGCGGGGCGACGGGGCGGCCGAGCGGCUGGAGGAGGCGGCCGAGCGGCUGCAGGGGCUGCGGAAGCUCCUGAACGAUUCAGUGCGGUUCCUGUCUCCCUACAACCUGCGGCAGGGCCAGGAGACGCUGGUCCAGCUGCAGGCCGCCCUGGCCCAGCGGCGCCAGGAGCUGAAGCCGGAGAAGCGAUUCGCGUUCAAGGCCCGGAAGAGCCAGGCCGCUGGGGCCGCGCGGGUGGAGGCGGCUCCGGAGGCCCCGGCGCCCGCGCGCGCCCUGUCCUCCAAGGACGACGACCAGGCGGCUUCCGAGACCAGCUGGGCCUGUGGCUUCUCCAACUUGGCGUCCCAGGUCUUGGAGAAAAGAGGCGCCGAGCUGCACCAACGCGACGUCCUAUUGAGCGGUCUGAGAGACUGCACGGUCAAGCUGUUGGGCAACCCCAACACUUUGCGACUGGCCCAGGCCCACGGCUGCCGGGUGCUGUGCGGGCCCGUGUCCACCUCCGUGUUCCUGGAGAAUUGCACGGACUGCGUGCUAGUCGUGGCCUGCCAGCAGCUCCGCGUGCACAGUACCGAGAACACUCGCAUCUUCCUGCAGGUCACCAGCAGGGCCAUCGUAGAGGACUGCAACCGGAUCCAGUUCGCCCCGUAUACCUGGAGCUACCCCGGAAUCGAGCAGGACUUCCAGAGCUCCGGGUUAGAUCGGAGCAGAAAUAACUGGAACGACGUGGAUGAUUUUAACUGGCUGGCCCGGGGUGUGGCCUCCCCGAAUUGGAGUAUUCUUCCCGAAGAGGAGCGGGAGAUCCCGUGCGACUAGACUGAAGCCGGCGCCCCUGGUCUUCACUCCUAACCAAAUACACUCCUCGUGGGCAUGGCUGCUGCUAACAAAAGUUUAUAUAUUGUUGUCAUGUUGUGUACAUUUACGGUAUUUUCGUGCUUGAGAUCACAGGAGGCCCCUAACUUGUGAUCCAAUAAAUUCAUGAUGAUUCUAACGCG